GGUCUCGCAUUCUCGUGCUGCCGCUGCAACUCGGGGCUCUCGGGACCGGCGGCACCGAUUAUGGAAUCUCUUUCCUAAAAUCCAACUUUAGAGAAAACUUCUGUGGAGUUUGUGCUGAUUGAGUCCGAGGCGGAGAAUAAUAUUCACAAGAGCUCCUAUCUGCUUCUGCAUCUCUCUCUAUGUGUGUGUGUGUGUGUGUGUGUGAGGAGAAAGAGGGGCUUUAUUGGAAAUUCUCGAACCCCCAUCGGGACGCUCUCGGCUUUCAGCUCCGCUCGCGCAAGUUUUCCAGGGAAGAGUGGAGUUUGCUGGGAUCAGCGCGAGGCCACACAGACUGAUGAAAGAGGUCUGUGGCUGUAGUGGGUGUGUUCGUCUCAAUGCCAGUGAAUGUGCAGCCACAUCAGGGGCUGUACCACUAUAACAACACCGCCAACCAGCCGUUCCGAGGACUGGCUCCGUCUGUGAGAUCGGUCUACAGCGAGGUGUCUGACCACAGAGAGAUGUACAACCCCUCCAUGACCCCUGGAGCCUGUAUGGACCCCUACAUGCGGCCGCCACACGCCCCCCCGCCGCACGGCAUGAUGGGACACCGCGGGAUGCCUCCUCCAGAGGGUGUCAGUGGCGCCCCCUACUGUAACCAGAGCAUGAUGACAUCACAUCACAACCUCGCUCAUAACCAGCCAGGAUCUGAACACAUGGCAUCAGGAGACGCGUCUUGUUUCUCGACGCCUCGCUCCAUGCUGAAGCUGAGUAAGAAGCGCGCUCUGUCCAUCUCUCCGCUGUCUGACGCCAGUGUGGACCUGCAGACGGUCAUCCGCACCUCGCCCAACUCUCUGGUGGCCUUCGUGAGCUCUCGCUGCGGGCCGAACGCUGCCAGCUCAUACGGGCAUCUGUCUGUGGGCACCAUGAGUCCGUCGUUGGGUUUCUCCGGGUCCAUGAAUUACCCGUCCAGACCGCAGGGCAACAUGUACGGCUCUCACCCCGUCCCAUCAUGCCACCCCAGACUUCACGCUCCGCACAAACACACACACCUGAAGACCGAGCCGGUUCUGGGCAGCGUGAUGGACAACAUCAACAUCAAGAGCCUGGAGGAGCAUUCGGAGGGAGACGUGGCCAGUCCAUCCUCCACUGGGACACAGGAUCCUCUUCUGGGUUUACUGGAGGGCAGAGAUGAUCUGGAUAAGGAGGAGAAACCUGAACCAGAAGCCAUUUACGAGACAAACUGCCACUGGGAGAGCUGCAGCAAAGAGUUCGACACUCAGGAGCAACUCGUGCAUCACAUCAAUAACGAGCACAUCCACGGAGAGAAGAAGGAGUUCGUGUGUCACUGGACGGACUGUUCUCGAGAGCAGCGGCCCUUUAAAGCCCAGUACAUGCUGGUGGUGCACAUGCGCAGACACACGGGAGAGAAACCUCACAAGUGCACUUUUGAAGGCUGUAAUAAAGCGUACUCGCGUCUGGAGAACCUGAAGACUCAUCUGCGCUCGCACACCGGCGAGAAACCCUAUGUGUGUGAACACGAGGGCUGCAACAAGGCUUUCUCCAAUGCAUCCGACCGCGCAAAGCACCAGAACCGAACACACUCCAACGAGAAACCGUACGUUUGUAAGAUCCCGGGCUGUACGAAGCGCUACACCGACCCGAGCUCUCUGAGGAAGCACGUGAAGACGGUGCACGGACCUGAGGCUCACAUCACUAAAAAGCACCGCGGAGACACCGGACCACGUCCUUCAGGUCUGACCAGUGCAGGACAGAGCUCUGAACUUCUGAUAGAAAAAGAAGAGAGAAGCAGAGAGGACUGCAAAUUACUCGCUCCAGAAACCACACUGAAAUCCCAGCCAAGUCCUGGAGGCCAGUCAUCCUGUAGUAGCGAACGUUCUCCACUAGGGAGCGCUAACAAUAACGACAGCGGAGUGGAGAUGAACCUCAAUGCGGCGGGGAGUCUGGAAGACCUGACCACACAAGAGGAGAGCGGGAACACCGGCGGGCCCGAGUCGAGCGGAGGCUCGGGGGGAAUGUGCAUGUCCGUUCAGGCCUUGAAGAGGUUGGAGAACCUGAAGAUCGACAAACUGAAGCAAAUUCGCCGGUCAACACCACCUGGGCGGAGCGCAGGGAAUAAACUGCCAGCUCUCUCAGGAGAGAAGAUGGGCAUGUGUGCACCUUCACCCUUGCUCUCCAACCGGCGUGUAAUGGAGCUUUCUGCCACGGAUCUGGGUGGAGUUAGUGGAAUGGGAAUGCUCUGCCCACCGAAUGACCGACGGGGAAGCGGCACCAGCAGCCUCAGCUCUGCCUACACAGUGAGCCGCCGUUCAUCCAUGGUCUCACCCUACCUAUCAAGCAGACGCUCAAGUGACAUUUCCCAAGUGGGUCAUUGCCAGUCUGUGAUGGGAGCCGAUGUUCCUGGUGACCCACUGUCUCCUCAGAACAGCCAAAGAGGCGGAUCAUGCCAGAACCCUGGGGGGUUGCCAGGUCUACCGAGUCUGACUCCUGCUCAGCAGUAUAGUCUGAAAGCUAAAUAUGCAGCAGCAACAGGCGGCCCACCGCCAACCCCGUUACCCAACAUGGACCAACCUGGCAACCCUGGAAGGUUCCUUAGGGAAUGCCAUGGCCAACCUCUUCCUCCAUUUCUGCAGCAAGGUGGCACACGGAGGCACAGUGCUAAUGCCGAAUACGGCACGGGAGUGAUUUAUCCACAUCAAGCACCUGGGAACAGCAUGAGGCGCGCCAGCGAUCCAGUACGCUCAGGUGCUGACUCCCAGGGUUUACCAAAGGUGCAACGCUUUAACAGCUUGAGCAACGUGUCCCUUAUGAGUCGCCGCAAUGCACUGCAGCAGUGCGGAUCUGAUGCCUCUCUCAGCCGGCACAUGUACUCACCUCGUCCACCGAGCAUAACUGAAAAUGUUAUGAUGGAGGCCAUGGCUAUGGAUCCUCAUGGGACCGCCGAACGCAGAGAGCAGGGCAACAUGAUCCAAGGUGGAGACCGAGCCUACAUGGGCUACCAGCAACCUCAACUCCACCCUCACAAUGCAAGUCAAAUGUCUCCCGGACAAGAAGGAUUGAGCUGCAUGGAUCAAGUCUACCAGUCUCAAAUGCAAGGUCCAUACCAGGGCCAGCGUGAUGAGAUCUGUGCCACAGGGAUGAUGGUUCAGGGUGACAUUUCGAACAGUCUUCUACAGCAGGCUGAGUAUGGCAUGAGCAACUGCCAGCUCAGUCCUUCCGGACCACAUUAUCCCAGUCAUGCUGAUGGAUCAGGACCCUGGGGACAGAGCAACCAUAGCCCUCAGACCAAUACGCAGUACCAGGGUGUAGGGAUGCAAGGACAGCACUACACUCACCAGGGUGUAUACGACCCUACAUCUGACCCUGGCCAUCAAAGAGUUACUGUAAAACCAGAGCAGUUCCAUUCAUCCAUAGGAGGAUCCAGUUCUUGCCAGAACAUCAAACCUCUACACCAGCACCGGCACAAUGUGAAUAUGCAGACGUAUCCAACUCAGCCGCAAGGCCGGGGCCUCAUGAGCAGAUCCUCCAAUGUGAAUUGUGACUUCCUUCAAGGCCAGAUGGGAACACAAGCCGGUCUUCCACAGCAGAGCCAGGUGGGAUCGUUCCCACGUGGUGGAGGGAUAAAUCUUGCACUGGCGGAGAGCUGUGGGUCGCAGACGCCAAUGCAUCAGAUGAAGGAAAUGAUGGUGAGGAACUAUGUGCAGUCCCAGCAAGCUCUCCUGUGGGAACAGCAGCAGGAGCAAAGGGUAGUCGUCGAUGGUCUCUCUGGGAAGCCUGAUGGCAUGGACUUGGGAGGACAAACGGCGAUGUUGCAGCACAGUCCACAGAAUCAACCAGCUAACCAGAACCUUUAUCCUGGUAAUUCUUUUCAAGGCUACCCGAAUCAGAACUUGAUGAGCCCACCGCAAAAUACAGUUCCCGCUUCCAUCAAGGAGAAUACCACUGGGUUUCAGGGAUCCUGCUACGGGCCGGAUAUGGUGCCACGACCACCUCAGGGACGAAAGCCUCUGAGUCGCCAAAACAGUUUAUCCCAGCAGACAGGUGGAGCUUACCUGGGCAGCCCAACUCACCUGAGCCCCGUCCACUCCACCGCCAGUCCCAGAAGAGGAGUCCGUCUCCCGCCAGUUCAGCAGCAACAUUUGGAAAAAUUCACCAAUAACAACAACCCCAUGUACUACUCUGGCCAGAUACACAUGCACCACGAUAUAGAGAAAAUUCAAGAUGGUCCAUGCCUGGCCCAGCAGCACCUGACAGGGAUAGACCCUAAUACCAAGCCCACAUCGAUGGCCUACUCGGACCCUGCACCCAUGUCCAACGCCUUAGAAAACCUGGACUUGGAGAAUGCUCAGAUUGACUUUGCUUCCAUCAUUGAUGACCCAGAACCUUCAUCUUACAGUCCAGUAAACCCACCGCUUGGACACCACCAGUGCUCCUCUCAGACCUCCUCCCGUCUCACCACACCCCAAACCUCCAUCACCCUUCCAAGUGGCCUUUCCAAUAUGGCAAUCGGGGACAUGACCUCAAUGUUGACAUCCCUUGCUGGGGAGAACAAGUAUUUGAACACAUUGUCUUAAAGUGUAUAUACUUAUAAUUGAGCCAAUGUGAGCAUGUAGACUCUAUAGCCCUUUCGACACUAGAGGUUCCUCUGGAUGUCCUUUUCUUGCUCAUGCACCAGGUACUAAUGUUUCUGCUGAUGUCCAACAUGGGAUCUCACAGAUUUUGCCUAGUAGUUUUGUAAUUGUGUAAAAUAUGUUGCUAAACUUUACCACAGAGGCCUAAUGACAUUACAGAAGGGGCAUUCCAGUCACUACUGUGAGACUGUGUUUAUGAUGGAAAUCUUUGUUUAAAAUGUAAAUAUGAGCUUUGGACUGUAAAUGAUGGCGAAAGAUAGUAUAAAAAAAAAUCUACUUUUUGAUACAUAUACAAACUUGGACUGGCUCAAAAGCCACAAGAAGACUGAAAUACUAAGUGAGCGAAUGUGUAAAGGAAGAAGCUGGUUGGCACAUUAUCUAGAAGUACCGGUAAAGACAGGACUUAAGUGCCUUUGACCUUUGUGGCCUCUUUGAUUCCUCACAGGAACGACAUGUUGGAGAAAACUCGUCAGAUGAGACACAUGGACACUGUGACGGAUGGACAAACUCAGUAUGAAGCCCAAAAGUAUACUUCAGUUGAUGAACACUUGGUGUAUGAGUACAGCCAAAUGCAUAAGCUUUCAAAGUAUACUCCGCUUAAUAGUGCACAAAAACACAGGUGGCCGACACAUGUGCACCAGAAAGUUUAAUCUUUGUCGAUGUCUGCGCUAUUCCUCUACAGAAGUUAAGCAAUAAAAAAACUCUGUGCUCUUUUGAACUAGCAGGCAUCUGUUUUUGUUGCGCUUCAAUGUCGCCACCUUGUGGAGCAACUAAUUAGUGCAAAAAAGCUGUUUGCAUAAGCUGAGGGUAAAGAGUACAUGCAUAUACAUUGGGCUUAAGAGAAAGAGUGUUCUUAAUAAAAUGCAUCGCUAACUGUCAUAAUGGCAAAUUACAUUACAGUAUUUUGAAGCCUUUUUAAUUAUCUCUAGGUCUAGACAGGAGCCUUUGAGUCAUUAUAUUCAUUCAAAGUUUUAGUGUUUGUUUUCUGAUUAUUUGACUAGUCUGCUUUCAGACAGAUACGUUAAAGGGUAACGGCACUGUUUUUUUUUAUAGUUUAUUUUAGUGUACGCUGUGCUACAUAACCCAAGCUAGCAUGCAUAUGCAUUGCACUGACAACAGCACUGAGCUGAGGAGAAGUGAUGAAUUUUUAUUCAAGUUUCCAUAAAGUAUGAAAGGUACACACAGUGCAGUAUUUUAUUUUUUGUUUUGUUUUAAGUCCUCUGUUAUUUCAACACUUUGUCUACAUUGUGCCUAACUCAUUUUAUCAUUUAAGUCUUAUCAAGGGCUGCGGUUUUUAAAUGCAACCCUUUAAAAAUCCCAGUGUUUCCACUUUCUGUGGCAUACCAAAGACGACCGGCACUGAGAGUCCACACUUGAGAUUCGCUAGACACAUUGUCAUGUGCUUCCAUAUUGCUGUGAUAAAGAAUGUAACAAUAUUCUUUUUAUCAUUUUCUUUUUUUAAGGAAAAAAAAACAUUUUGUGGUUUUUGCAUUUCUGUGUGUUUUUAUAUCUGUCACAGUUCAACUCAAACCUUUUUGCUGGCAAAAGUUCAUAAAGUAGUAACAGAUUUAUUAUAUUAGCAUUUAUCUCAUCUAUUUACAAGGAAAGUAAGUGAUAUUUUUGCCUACCGUUUUCUACAUUUUUGUACAAAGGUACUAUAUUAUACCAGUUUAUAAAUAAACAGAGCCUGUGAUGGAAGAAAA